AUGGCUUCCUCUGCACUUCCCCAAUCCCUCGACGACGACCUGUGUUCCACCCUUAACCACCAAGAGCAAGAGCAAGAGCAAGAGCAGGAAUUGGGCUCCAACGAAUAUGGCGGAGAUGCGGCGGCGGCGCCGAGCUCCUCCUUGGGUCCGCCGGGCCGGUACCUGAGCGGAGAGGCCCGGGUGGAGCGGGCAUGGGCACACUGGAUGAAACUGGGCCGACCCAAGUUGAUAGUUGCUCCCAUGGUGGAUAAUUCGGAGCUUCCUUUUCGAAUGCUGUGUAGGAAGUACGGAGCCGAGGGUGCUUAUACUCCUAUGUUGCAUUCCAGGAUUUUUACCGAGAAUGAAAAGUACCGUAACCAAGAGUUUACCACUUGUAAGGAGGAUCGCCCAUUGUUUGUCCAGUUUUGUGCAAAUGAUCCCGACAUUUUGUUGGAAGCAGCAAGGAGAGUGGAGCCUUAUUGUGAUUAUGUGGACAUUAAUUUGGGUUGUCCUCAGCGGAUUGCCAAACGAGGGAACUAUGGAGCUUUCCUCAUGGAUAACCUUCCGCUUGUGAAAUCUCUGGUUGAAAAACUUGCUCUUAACCUUCAUGUGCCCGUAUCUUGCAAAAUCCGUUGUUUUCCAAAGUUGGAAGAUACAAUUAGUUAUGCAAAGAUGCUGGAGGAAGCUGGCUGCUCGCUUUUGGCUGUCCACGGUCGAACGAGGGACGAGAAGGAUGGGAAGAAAUUUCGUGCCAAUUGGAAGGCUAUCAAGGCUGUAAAAGAUGCCCUCAGAAUCCCAGUGCUUGCCAACGGGAACAUACGUCAUAUGGAUGAUGUUCGGGACUGCUUGGAAGAGACUGGCACUGAUGGGGUGCUCUCGGCUGAGACUCUCCUCGAGAAUCCAGCUCUCUUUGCUGGAUUCCGGACCGCUGAGUGUGCUGUUGGUGGAGAAGAGAGCAGUGCAGAUGGACAACUAGACCAGGCUGAUUUAUUGGUGGAAUAUUUGAAGCUUUGUGAAAAGUACCCUGUGCCAUGGAGAAUGAUCCGUGCUCACGUUCAUAAGAUGUUGGGAGACUGGUUCAGGAUCCAUCCCGAAGUAAGGCAGGAUCUCAAUGCACAAUCCAAACUAACUUUUGAAUUUCUAUAUGAUUUGGUGGAUCGUCUCAGAAAACUGGGUGUUAGGAUUCCACUUUAUAAAAAAGAAGAGAUCAAUCAUGUCGCCAGAGCUUCACCAAAUGGGUUGGUUAAUUGA